AUGGCGGAACCAAACAAAGAUAUUCCUGUGACUGAAGUGUUUUGGGCGCUGGUUGAAAAAGCUGAUAAGAAGUUCUCCAAGAUCAGAGACUUGCCUUACCACGAGCGCAGCAGGUAUGAAUACUUCUUCAAGGUAUUCAAGGUGUACACACAGUUGUGGAAGUUUCAGCAAGAGAAUCGGCAGAAGUUGGUAGAAUCUGGUCUCAAGAGAUGGGAGAUUGGCGAGAUUGCAUCUCGCAUCGCUCAGCUCUAUUAUGGACAGUAUAUGCGGACGAGUGAUGCAAGUUACUUGACCGAAUCGUAUGUAUUCUAUGAUGCAAUACUUACGAGGGAAUAUUUCAAGGAAGGCUUGUUGCAGGAUCUCAAUCUUGCGAACAAGCAGCUGAGGUUUCUCGCUAGGUUUCUGAUGGUGUGUUUGGUGCUUAACCGUCGAGAUGUUGUUCAUCAGCUGGUUAAUCAGCUUAAAGUUUUAGUUGAUGAGUGCCGAAGGACAUACCAGGAAACUGACUUUAAAGAAUGGAAGCUGGUGGUUCAGGAAAUAAUUAGAUUUUUGAAAGCUGACACAACAUUUAUGAAUAUCAGGCCAUUGAGGUACAGCCUUGUGCUGGACCCUAAUCCAGAUUCACUACCAUGUGCUAAGACAAAGAGACACUUGAGAUUACGAGAUGCAGUUCUGAGCAGCUACCAUCAUAAUGAGGUCAAGUUUUCCGAGCUUACUCUGGACACGUUUAGGAUGCUUCAGUGCCUGGAGUGGGAACCAAGUGGUGCAUUUUACAAAACACAUAACCCUAAACUUGGCCAAAAUGGAGUUCCAGGCCCUAGUCGAGUUAACUAUGCCCAGGAUAUAUCUGAUCCUACUUUACCUCCCAACCCAUGGAAAGUUGUGCUAUAUCGUCCUUCCAUGACUCAUUUGUUAGCAGUUCUUGGUACUCUAUGCGAGGAGCUAAAGCCUGAUGGAGUUCUUCUAAUCUAUUUGUCAGCUUCAGGAAGAAUCGGAAAUACCAUUUCAUCUACUACAGAAUCUCGAGCUUCUAUAAACAGUGUAGGAAGCUUGGGAAAGAGCUUGCAAUCUCACGGCAUAGAUUCAGAUGCCGCAUCUAUGUCGUCUUCAGACUGCCUGAAUAAUAAUGCUAGUCCAACUUCUAGGAGGAGUAAAAAGGAUUGUUUGAAUUUUGGUACUCAUACUAAUGGAGGGCAAAACAAUGUAUACCCUUCUGACUUGAUUCCAUUCACAAGGCGACCACUUUUUAUCAUUGUUGACAGUGAUGGCAGUGACGCAUUUAAGGCUAUAAAUGGAGGUGAAAAAGGAGAGCCGGCUGCAGUAUUUCUAUCCCCAAGUAGUUCAAUUCUAAGCACUUCAACUGAUACUUCUCGUCGUGAAAGUGGUAGUCUGUUCACCAUUUUCCUCACAGCUCCACUGCAAGGCUUCUGUUUGUUACUUGGUUUAUCUGGGCCCGAUAUUGAAAUGGAGACAUUCAACCGGGCUGAGAAGUUGCUGUCUUCAUCAUUAAAUGACUGGGGAGCUUCUUUAGUGAUGUCAGAACCUCUUGACCCUGUUUGGGCACAGGUGCUUGGCGAUCCAUUCCUUAGGCGACUUGUUUUGAGAUUUUUGUUUUGCCGCGCUGCCUUAACGCUCUAUGGAACAUCGUUUGGCAAGAAGGAGCUUCAUCCUGAAUGCUUGCCUUCUCUUCCACCCGCAUUCCUUCCCACUGCCGUCCAACCUCAGACUUUGAUCUUGCAGUUGGCCAACGUCUUCGGUGCUUCAAAGAAGUUCGUCUUCUCUGAGAGCAUUAUGCUUCACGAAUACAAAUCCAUCGAAUGA